UUCACUGCUGCUGCUAUUCAGCAGCUUUUCGGCAGAAGCUACUCAUAUUUGUUUAAGCUACUCAUAUUGAACAACUUUGCUUCGUGCCGAUUAAUUAUAAUUUUUCCUUUCUAAAAUGGUGUGGAAAAGAAUAUAUCAACCGGAAGUGCGUACGACGUAUCUCUUGAAACCCGACCAGACGCUCAAGAAUACCAAAGUGUCUGAAAGAACUCGAGCGUUAGUAAUAGCGAAGGACACCUUUCAGCGUUUUGUGGAUUAUACUACAGAAGAGGAUAGAAUAGCAGCACAGCAAGAAAAGGAAGCUGCAAAAAUAGCAGCGUUGAAAAAAGCGACUUAUGAAAAAAGUAAAACAUGGGACAGCACAAUAGAAAAUAUUAAGGUGAGACAGAGGGAAGAAUUAUUGUUAAAGAGGCAAAAAGCUGGAGAAGAGAGGAAAGUGUUCGUGAAAGAAAUGACAGAGAAAAAGGUGGCGGAGCGUGCAGAAGUGGUGCAGCAAGCAAGAAGAUUGCUUCAGCAAAAGAGGCCUUUGUGCCGACAGAUUAAUCGUGCUCUUCUCGUCUCCGAGUGUCUCAGGGAGCUGGACGCUCAAGUGGCGUUGCAAAUGACUAUUAGAGCAAUGGACGAAGAACAAGAUGAAAAAUAUGCUAAUUCCAUUAAAGACAUUGCAAAAUACGAGGAGCAGAAGAAUCAAGAGGUGGAGGAACAAACGAAAAAAACGAAGGCUUACAGGAUUACUUUGAAAAAACAGAUCGAAAAUAACGAAAGAGACAAUAAAUUAAAAGUAAUGGAAGAGUUAGAAGCUGAAAAACAGGAUCAAAUAAACAUGACCCUAGAUAUGCAACUCACGAAAAAGAAAGAGAUGCAAGAUAUAUUGAACAAAAAGAAGAGACUACAGCAAUUUUUCAAGGAAACGAUAGAGGAAAAAAAACGAUGUGGACUGGAAUUACAGCACAAUGAAGAAUUAAAGGAUCGAGCGUUAGAAGUUUAUAGGGAAGCUAAAGAUCGAAUACAGAAAAUUGAAAAAUCAUUAGCGUUAAAGAAAAAGGAAGAAAGAGCGCGUCGGUUGCAGAUUGUAGAGAAGCAAUAUGUUUCACCCGAGGAAGUUCGCGAAUCUAAAGAGCGAGAAAUCUUGGAAAAAGCUGUUGAAGAGAAAAAAGCAAUCGAGAUGGAAAAGCAAAAAGCACAAAAGGAACGAGAAGAGAAGAUGCACGCUCUCAUGGAAGAAUACAAGCUUCAUAACACGGCAAUGAAGACCAAGCAAAGACUAGAGGAGAAGGAGUUGAGAGCUUGGGAGAUGAUGCAGAGAUUUAAGAGAGACGAGUAUAACGAACAGAUCGACUUGGAAGAACGCAAACGACAAUGGCAACAAAAACUGGAAUAUGGCAAUGAAUUACAAAAGGAUAUCGAAGAGAAACAAAUGGAGAGAGACAAAGAACGCGAAAAAGAAGCUUUCGAAAUUGAAGCGACAAAAGCUGCAAUUAAUAAAACUAACCAAAGGAUUCUACUUUAUAGCGAUGAAGUUUUAGAAGAAUCGAAGGGCGUGAGGCCACUUUAUCCAAUCGUCAAAGCCAUAGAGAAUAUUAAAAAAGAAAUGGGAUUAGCGCCAAAGAAAAAACUGGAAGAGUCAAUCGUCAAAGAGGAAGAGCGGCCGAAGAGAAAAUACAAAGCUCGGCGCCGCUGCAAUUGCCCGAAACCUGUUGCGGCAGCUCAAAUAUAUUAUUUACAAUAACUGCUGUUUGCAAUAAACAGCAUUAAUUUGUAAAUCGCUCGACCGCAAUUACCACACAUCCGUCCAAUAAUUCAAGAUGUCACCCGAGUCAUUUUCGCAUCACACCGUCAAGUCUCACACUUUUCGACUCACGCAAAAAUCGAUAGAAACAAAGUUGUCCACGUCAAGACGACAUUUACCAGCAAUUUAUGAACGAAGAAUUCACUAAGUUGUGAAAGUUGGAGCAUUCUCACGGUUGCUUACUGUAGCGAGCACUCGUUAUACGUCAAAACAUUAUAUUACUUUCAAUCCUUUCUCGGAGCAAUUAAAUAAGUUGCCUAAAGCAGGUUUCUCAGAAACAUGUUUCAUAUCACGUUCAAUUAACAGAACACAUAAAUUAAUAUGGACAUAUC